UUGUCUUAUUAGGAAAGGGACUCAUUACCGCCAGUAUUCACAAGUGUCAGAGACCUACUCAACAUGGCGACCCCGGCUGUAUCUCAUCUGAAACAAGAGGAGCCACUUCCGAGUACACACAAGUGUGACGAGCGCGGUAAGGAGUUUAGUCAACUUAUUUACUUCAAGAGACACGUGCGUACUCACACGGAUGAAAAACCUUUUAGUUGCGGGAAUUGCGGGAAACAGUUUAGUAUGCCGAGUCAUCUGAAGAUACACAUGCGGACUCAUACCGGCGAGAAGCCCUAUAGGUGCGAUGAAUGCAGCAAACAGUUCAGUCAGCUGUGUAGUCUGAAGAGGCACAUGCGGACUCAUACCGGUGAGAAGCCUUUUAGGUGCGAUGAAUGUUGCAAACAGUUUAGCUUGCUGGGUUCCCUGGAGAAGCACAUGCGGACUCACACCGGUGAGAAACCUUACAGAUGUGCGGAGUGCGGCAGACAGUUCAGUCAGCUUGGUGACAUGAAGAGACAUAUAAAGACUCACACCGGUGAGAAGUCCUAUAAGUGCGAAGAAUGUAGCAAACGGUUUACUGAGCUGAGUCAACUGAAAAGGCAUAUGCGGACUCACACUGGUGAGAAACCUUACAAAUGUGAGGAGUGCGAUAGGCAGUUCAGUCACCUGGGUAAUCUGAAGAGUCAUAUGCAGAUUCACACAAGUGAGAAGCCCUAUAGGUGCGAUGAAUGCAACAAACAGUUCCGUGUCGUCGGUUAUCUGAAGAGUCAUAUGCGGACUCACACUGGUGAGAAACCAUACAAAUGUGAGGAGUGCAGCAAACAGUUUAGUCAGCUGUGUAAUCUGAAGUUACAUUUGCGAACUCACACAGGUGAGAAGCCAUACAAAAGUGAGAAGUGCAGCAAGCAGUUCAGUGUGCUGAGUAAUCUAAAGACACAUUUGCGAACUCACACCGGCGAAAAGCCAUACAGAUGUGAGAAGUGCAGCAUGGUGUGCUGGGUUCUAUGAAGAGGCACAUGUGGACUCACACCAGUGAGAAGCCCUAUAGUUGCAAAGAAUACAGUAAACAGUUCGUGUGCUCGACUCUCUGAAGGAUCACAUGCGAACACAUACUGGGGAAAACCUUACAGGUGUGAGAAGUGUAGCAGACAGUUCAGGUGUUUGGGUCAUCUGAAGAGCCAUAUGCGGACUCACACAGGUGAGACCAUACAGUACUCAGGAGCUUGCGUCAGUCAAACUGUCUCCGGAGCCACAUGCGAACCCACAGCAAUGAAAGUUCAUAGCUAACGUUUCCGAUGUGAAAGUUACAGGCAAGUUCUGCAUCAGGGGUAAUAGGAAGAGACAAGCAGCGAAGAGGAAGCCACAAACCAACGUUCGCGCAUGUGUAUGUUUUAGCCACUGAUGCAAGUUCGAUGCUUCGUUGUAUAAUUUAAAGACUGGACUGACAUUUACUAUACUAUUGAUAUACUGCUGACAUUUGGAGACGUUUACGUAUAUUCAUAAUCUGUUGGCAUCACAGAUUCCCUUAACCAAU